AUGAACGGGAAGGGCCCCGCGGGCCCCGCUGCGAGCGACAUUUCGGAGACGGUGGACUGCUGUUUCCAUGGCGUCAACUAUUUUUUGAGCGUUUCGACGGUGAAGGGGGACACUCUGGUGGUGGAAGUGGAGGACGGCAGCGAUGCCUCGCGCUGGAGGGGAGAGUUCACGUCACGUUACAUCGAGGACAUAACUGCGAAGACAGGAAACUUCAAGAAAUACCCCGUCUUCAUCAAAAUGCUGGUAACAGCACUGAAGGGCCAGUCUGAAGCUGUGUUCAUUGACCUUCUGACCUACAGCGACCUGGAGACCCUGAAGAGUAGGAGGGGUGGCGGCGGGGGCCAGCCCCUCCACCAAACUAUACCUCCCAACAACAAGCGAUACCUGAUCCUAACAUAUGCUGCAGAAUUCGACCGGGUGCACUACCCACUUCCUCUGGUGUAUGAGGAGAACCCAGAUCCACACAGGCUGAAGGAAAUCAUAAGGAAUCUGCGGAGCGAACUGGGUGCUCUGAGGGCGGCAAAUGGGUUGAACACCAAUGGUGUGGAGAUGCCAGAAGGCGACAACCACUGGCCAAGUGGGCAGCUCGAUGAGGUUCAACGACUGCAGGAAGAAAACAAUUCUUUGAGGAGGACACUCAGAACAGCCAGAAAGAAUGCAAAACAGGAGAAUAUGGCGGCCAAUAGCUUGGACAAGUCUUCCAGGGAUGCCUUGCGAGAACUAAGGCUGGUACAAAAGGAAAGGGACCUGCUUCAGUCCCGUGCAGAGAGCUCGGAGGCAGAGCUGGAAAGAGAGAGGGGACUGCAUAGAAGGGAGCUGAGGAGGAAAGCCAAGCAGAUCCAGGAGGUGCAGAUGACAGUAGACAGAGCAAAGCAGAGGAACAUACCUGACAACUGGCCCUGGAACAUACUCUUGGUGUUGUGCAGUGCACCAGAUAUGCCAUUGGAUUUGCCUGAGGACAGCAUGUAUGGACAUUCCUGCCAGCAUUGGCAGGUGUCUCGUGUGCUGGUUUGA